CUUGACGAGUUAGAUAGAAAGGGAUGAUAUUGCAAUAUGAAAAGAGUUGAAGGCCUGAACAGCAAAAGUCCAAAACGUUUUUGCCUCGAUUGCAAACCGUAUCGGCUCUGACGACUAGUUGCUCUUUUGUGAAGGCUUUUCUCUCUGCAGGAAGCGGCGGCAGCGGCGGCCAAGUUUUCCGAUUUCCCAACUUCUGUUGCUGAUCUGAAACAUCUCCGGCGGAGAUGGCUUUUUUCCUGAAGAACUCCUCGCUUUCUUCUCACUUCCGGUCGCGUUCUCAGGAAGCGCUUUCAGUCCCUCACCGUGGAUUCCAUGUCGAGCUUGGGCAGCGAGAGAAAGCUCUCUUGGCCGAUGACCCGGCCAUUCGUAGAUUCAAAUCACACAAGUCAGGCGUCUCGAAAAUUAACAAAAUUGGAGAUUUUCUCACCGUUGUCGUUGUAGUCGGUUGCUGCUAUGAGAUUUACGUGAAAGCAACGAUGCGCGAAGAAUCAAGGAAGCAGGCAGGUGAGAGUGCAUAAGGUUGUGUGCAGAAGCCAACACAUGAAUCAGUGUCUUUAUGGUUUUCAUUUGGCAACAGAACAACCUGUUUGUAGGCUGUUGUGAUGUUCUCAGACUCGCUGCCAAUAGUUGCGGUUCAUACUUCAUAAGCAGAUAAUGGAAUAAAAAUUUUCAGGCAUGGUAGAUGGAUAUAGACACUUGAGCAUCCCUUUUUUGUUGGCUGGGAUUCUGUACGUUGUUUGGCUCUCUUGUUUAUGUCAAGGGACGCAUUGAAUUGAUUGGUCGAGUUUUGCGCAAUGUUCAAAUGAUUGUGAUGUUAGGGAAUCAGUUUGCAGAAUCACUUUCUUAAUUCCCA